AUGGCACUAGAACCUCGGAAUAUGACAUUCUGUAUGUUUUGGAAAGAAGCACUCUUAAGAUAUCGUGAACAUGAAAUUUCCCCUGCCUCAAACUCAUCGACAGUGUCAGAUAUUCAUUGGCCAGAUACUGAUACUGAAAAUGGAUUACCUUGGACGACUAUUUGUAAUAAAUUCAAUUGCUGGAAGAAAUGGCUGGAUAGUGAUGAAGCCAGACGAUUACCUACUUUAAAUAAUACGUCGUCUUCAUUCUUGAAAGGAGCUUUGCCUCCAAUUAAUGAAAAUGAUCCAGAAUUCAUCAGACCUCCAGCGAGCUUUCAUUCAUUUGAAGAUGAUACUCUAGAUGGCGCUGAAUAUGAAAGUGAAGUGUUUAUUUCUACAAGCAUAAGUAGCCUUGACAUCUAA